UUCUUUUAGACUUUUUAGUCCAUUUUUUUCCUGGAUCCUUCGCUUUUAUCCUCACACUUUUCCCCAUUUCUUUACUCUGUUCAAAUCAACUAGCUAAUUUCCGAUUAACAAUGGCGGACUGGGGCCCAGUUUUGAUAGCGGUGGUGCUGUUCGUGUUGUUAACUCCGGGUCUACUAUUCCAGCUUCCCGGCCGUGGAAAAACGGUUGAAUUCGGGAACAUGCAAACCAGCGGCGUUUCCAUUUUGGUCCAUGCAGUAAUUUACUUUGGCCUCAUCACUAUCUUCCUCCUUGCCAUUGGCGUCCAUGUCUAUGUCGGCUAAAGUAGUUUUUACCUUCACUAUUUAUUCACCACCAUCAUCAUCUGAAUCUCCUCUGUGGGCUGGUGUAACAGUUGCUCAUCUGUGGACUGCUGGCAAUAAUUGCUCAGGCAAUAAGGAAAUCUAUGGAUCGAGUGAAGUAGGACUAUAGAGAGCAAAAUGGAUCACUGUUCUUGGUCAGUGGACCCCAAAGGUGGCGUCAACGUCUGUGCGGUGCCAAAUGUAGUCUUUCAUGCUAGCAAUACUAGUUUGGAGACUUUAUUAUUGACCUUGAACACAAACUUUACCAGCCAACUUGUUUGACCUUGAAACUUUUUUCUCAUACUCAGUGUUCGUUGUUUCAGGCAUACUCCUGUUAGCUCUUCACGUGUUUGGCUAACACGGAAAAUCAUACCUUUCUUAUUUGGUGUUUUGACCGGUGUGAUCAGAGUAUUAGCUAUAUUUCUAUUAACCAGUAAAA